AAUAAGUCUCUCAUACGAGUAGCGCUCUCUACCGUAAUUGUUUUUGUUUAGUUGAUUUAGCCAGGUUCCGUAGCGGUCCGCGCAAUUCAAUUUCCUUUCGUUCUGUUCUCCGAACCCCUAUUCCAACUUUCUGAUUGCGAACUCUCAUCCAUGGCGUUGAGAGCUUUUCUCAGGAAUCCACGCUCCAAGUUUUUGCCUUUCUUCUCUUGCGCUUCGCGUCUGCAUUCUCACGCCACUAGCUUCGGUUUCAAGGAGGUGCUUGAGGAGGAUAAAAGUCAAAUGGUUGGAAAUGUCUUCACAAGUGUUGCUUCAAAUUAUGAUGUAAUGAAUGAUCUAAUGAGUGCUGGUCUCCAUAGAUUAUGGAAAGAUAGAUUGGUAGAAGAAUUGAAUCCUUUUCCUGGAAUGAAGCAUCUGGAUGUGGCUGGUGGAACAGGUGAUGUUGCAUUUAGGGUUCUGGACUCAAUAAAGCGCAAAGCAAUGCAAGAUGUAUCUGGAGAUCCUUUACUGGAAGAAACUAAGAUUUAUGUUUGUGACAUCAAUCCAAAUAUGUUAGAUGUUGGCAAAAAGAGGGCAUUGGAAAGAGGUCUUGGGCAAGAUAGGUCUCUAAUAUGGGUGGAAGGAGAUGCUGAAGCUUUGAAGUUUGAAGAUGAUUCAAUGGAUGGCUACACUAUUGCAUUUGGGAUCAGGAAUGUCACACACAUUGAGAAAGCUCUGGCAGAAGCCUACAGGGUGCUUAGAUGUGGAGGGCGGUUUCUUUGUCUAGAAUUAAGCCAUGUAGAAGCUCCUGUUUUCAAGCAAUUGUAUGAUUUCUAUUCAUUUUCCAUAAUUCCAUCCGUAGGAGAGUUGGUUGCAGGAGAUAGAGACUCCUACCAGUAUUUGGUUGAAAGUAUUCGUCGCUUCCCUUCUCAGGACAAAUUUGCAUCAAUGAUAGCAGAAGCAGGUUUUCAGAAAGUAGAGUACGAAAAUCUAGUCGGUGGAGUCGUCGCUAUCCAUUCAGGGGUGAAAGUUUAGUCUUCCAUUUCGUCCAAAUUUUGAAUUGAAACGUACAUUAGUGUUGCAAAUAGACUACCCUUUCUUAAAUUUUUGAUCAACUUCUAUAUUGAGGGUAUGUAUAGCAAUAUUUGGUAGCAAAUUAGGGGCAACUAACUUUGCUUGCGGAGAAUCCAGAAGCUUCUUUUAAAGAUUCUAGAUUGAAGGAGAAUCGGGAUGGCGUGGAAACAAUCAUUGCGAAGGAUCUCUGCAAAUAACUAUAAAGAAUAUAGAUCAAAGUCGAUCGUAGAGGGUAUUUUCUGGUUUUGAUUGAAUGUUUUCCUUUCAAAUUAACGUAAGUUUUCGCAGGAGCUGAUGAUAAUUUUUUUUGCUCCAUUUAGAUAGAGCAGUGUACUUUAUUUGUAAAAUUGUAAAAUGAUCUCAAUUUUCAAUUCGUUUCGUUGGCUACGUUUAUGAUCUCA